GCUUUUCAAUGUUUACCUCAAAGAGGAUGUACUGGACACACUUGGACUGCCAUUGACGCUGCGCUUCGGUCGUAUCGGUCACGUGGAGGUUCAGAUUCCCUGGAAUCAACUGGGGCGGAAGGCCGUGAUAGUCAAGCUUGAGCAGGUGCACGUCUUAGUAUAUGCCAAAUACCAGUGGGAGGACGAAGCGAAUGAACGACGGCUCGAAGCAAUCAAGCAGGCCCAGCUUCGAGUUGCCGAGGAGAAGGCUGAAGAAAG